UGCCAGAAAGUGAUCGGAAUAGUAAUGAAAACAGUGUACACAUUCAAACAGUAGAUGAUUGGCCUUCUCGUGGUAUUAUUGAAUUUAAAGACUACACUUUUCGCUAUCGACCAGAGCUCGAUCCUGUACUGAAAAAUCUUAAUCUACGAAUUGAAUCCAAGGAAAAGAUUGGAGUUAUUGGUCGAACAGGUAUGAUUACUUCACUUUGGGGAAUAUAUGUACAGAGCAUUCCUAAUAAGGAGACAGAAAAUCUUUCGGAAUUAGAUACUUACAGACAAAAGAAAGAUACUGCUACUGAUGCUUCCUCCUAUUAUCGAAAACCCAUGGUUAAAGUUAAUUCUGUUAUGUUUACAUUUCUCUAUUUAUAUCGAACUUCUUGA